AUGGGCAUCCCAGAGAAACUGACCAGGGAUAUGGGAGUGAUCACCAUGGAUCAGAAGUCUUUCUGGAAAGGUUUCAUGGUCUUGCUGCUUCUUCAGGAAGGAUCUGCCUACAAACUGGUUUGCUACUUUACCAACUGGUCACGAGACAGGCAGGAGCCAGGGAAGUUCACCCUUGAGAGCGCUGAUCCCUUCCUAUGUUCUCACCUCAUUUACUCAUUCGCCAGCAUCAGUAACAACAAGGUCAUCAUCAAGGACAAGAAUGAGGCGAAGCUUUACCAGACCAUCAACAGUCUCAAAACCAAGAACCCCAAACUGAAAAUUCUCUUGUCUAUUGGAGGGUAUCUGUUUGGUUCCAAAGGGUUCCAUCCCAUGGUUGAAUCUUCUUCAUCAACCUUGAAAUUUGUCAACUCUGUAAUCCUGUUUCUGAGGAAUCAUAACUUUGAUGGACUGGACAUAAGUUGGAUCUACCCAAAUGUAAAAGACAACACUCAUUUCACUGUGCUGAUUCAUAAGUUAGCAGAAGCUUUUCAGCAGGACUUUGUAAAAUCCACCAAAGAAAGGCUUCUCUUGACUGCAGGAGUUUCUGCAGGGAGGCAGAUGAUUGACAACAGCUAUCAGAUCAAGGAAUUGGCAAAAGACCUGGAUUUCAUCAACCUCCUGUCUUUUGACUUCCAUGGGUCUUGGGAAAAGCCCCUUGUCACUGGCCACAACAGCCCCCUGAGAAAGGGACAGCUGGACAGAGGGACAAACUCCUACUACAAUGUGGAAUAUGCUGUGGGAUACUGGAUAAACAAGGGGAUGCCUGCAGAGAAGGUGGUCAUGGGCAUCCCCACGUAUGGACGUUCCUUUACACUGGCCUCUGCAGAAACUGCCGUGGGAGCCCCUGCCUCUGGUCCUGGAGCCGCUGGCCCCAUCACCAAGUCUUCAGGCUUCCUUGCUUAUUAUGAGAUCUGUCGGUUCCUACAAGGAGCCAAGAUCACAAGGCUCCAGGAUCAGCAAGUUCCCUAUGCAGUCAAGGGGAACCAGUGGGUGGGCUAUGAUGAUGUGGAGAGCGUGGAGACCAAGGUUCAGUUUCUAAAGAAUCUAAACCUGGGAGGGGCCAUGAUCUGGUCUAUUGACAUGGAUGACUUCACUGGAAAAUUCUGCAGCCAGGGCCCCUACCCACUUGUUCAAGCUGUCAAGAGGAGUCUUGGCUCUCUAGAAAGGUAA